AUGAGGGUCUUCCGCUCUCUCGCCGCCUUGGCCGCCUCUGCGGCCCUCUCCCGCGCACCCGCCAGUUCCCCAGGAAAUUAUGUCAUGUUACGCAUCCGCCCGAGAUCCUUCGACCCUCUCGAGCCUCAACAUCCAGCCCCAACCAUGCGUCUCGCCCACCGUCUUCUCAUGGCCGCACCGGCCUCGAUCGGUUCCAAGUCCAGUCUCAGCGAAGCGCUCGCCAUCCCCCCCCCGCUGCAACUCUACCGGCGCAUAUUGCGCGCGCAUCGUCGUCUCGAUCCCGAGCUGCGAGUUCUGGGCGACUCAUAUGUGAAGAAGGAGUUUCGGGCGCAUCGGACGGCAGAAAACCCCUUGCACAUUGUAUGUGGAGAAGAUCGGUCGUCCUGCUUUGUAUGGCGCGAGUCGGAAAGCCGGGAUGGGAUCGGAUUCUUGACGGAAUGGCAGCUAUAUGUACAGAAGAUGGAAAAUGACAACUGGGCAGGAGAGAGAUUGGACAAGGCGAAAUUGGACAAGCUGAGUGAUCAGCAGCUCGGACAGCUAUAUGAGCUCAUGGAGGCUAUCAAGAAUCCUGAAAAGGGUGAAGGCGAAAAUGGUGAAGGAGAGAAGCAAUGA